CUAGGAAAUAGUGGUUAUCGCCAUGUGGAUCAUCAACUGGUUUUACGACGUUCUGGCCUCCCUUGGCCUGCUCAACAAGCACGCCAAGCUCCUCUUUCUCGGUCUCGAUAAUGCGGGGAAAACCACCCUGCUGCAUAUGCUGAAGAACGACCGUGUUGCUAUCCUCUCCCCGACCGCGCACCCUACAUCCGAGGAACUCGUCAUCGGAAACAACAGAUUCAACACCUUUGACCUAGGAGGGCACCAGCAGGCCCGCCGCCUGUGGAAAGACUACUUCCCCGACGUGAGCGGGAUUGUCUUCCUCGUCGACGCCAAGGACGUCGAGCGGUUCCCCGAGAGCAAAGCCGAGCUCGACGCCCUCCUCGCCAUGGAGGAGCUGAACAAGGUCCCCUUCCUCGUGCUGGGGAAUAAGAUCGACCACCCGGACGCCGUGAGUGAGGAGGAGCUCCGUCACCAGCUCGGUCUGUACCAGACGACAGGGAAGGGGAAGAACCCCCUCGAGGGAAUCAGGCCCAUCGAGGUUUUCAUGUGCAGUGUUGUCAUGCGGCAGGGAUACGGAGAAGGUAUCAGGUGGCUCUCUCAAUACGUCUAAUCUCGUUCUGUCUUCUUUCCUUAUACGCCCAAUAAACUUCCCCCUCCAUUCUUGUUCGUCCGCAGAUUGAGCUUGCAUAAUCUACCUAGU